GACAAUUUGUUUGCCUUUUCUUUUGUUUUUUUUCAUUUUCUUUGUGUUUUUCUUUUACGCCCCUCCGCCCCGGUGCGUAAUUAUUAAGAGCAACUGUUGUAAGUUGCUGCAGACAAUUUUCUUUCUGGAAUCAAUUUUUAUUCGGAAAAAUAACUAACUAACAAGUGUUUUGACAUACAAAUUUCUGACAAAGCCUUGAAAUUACAAAAAAAUAAUCAAAACAGAAGAAACAACAAUUUUUGUUUAUCGGGCUUAGGCCAUUGUAUGGAUCAGUCUAAACCAACAACGAAAUUUGGAGACGAGCCGGACCUCCUGUUCAACCGAGCGCAGGGCCGGAUUAGUCUGUAUAGCGUUGGAGCAGCUGCUGAUCAAGCAUCAACAUUGAAUCCAAGCGUGAACGCAUCACGACAAGUCGCCAACAUUCAACUAGAAGCAACAUUCAAUGACUGUGAAAGUGGCUAUGUGCCGACCGUGGGCCGCUGGGGCUCCGAGUGGCCAAGUUGACUCGCCGCAGGUGAACAGCAACAGGAUGGAGCAGCAUCGGGUGAAGCAGACAAUGCUACCGAUGCUGCCGUUGGAGCCGCCUCCGCCAUCGAGCGGAAGUUGGCGGAGAGAAAGCGUGGAAUGGGAUUGACUACAAUGGAGAAGCAAUCUACAGAAAGCGCAACAAAUGAUCGUCAUCAAUUCGAGAAGACCAAGUCGGAGUUACAAUUGCGUAACACUGGCGCCGUCAGGCGUAUGCCCUCGACAUCUAGUGAGGAUGAUUAUUCCAACUAUGAUGCUGAUGAGGAGGAGGAUGAAGAGGAACUGGCUGAGGAUAAUGGCCAUGGAUGUUGGUCAACUGCUGACCUGACAUCAGUGGAUAGAUUACAGAUGUCGGACCUUUAUGCCGAUAUCAGACAACUUUUGGCCAGGCAGCAGCACCACCACCACCAGCAGUUGGAGCCCAUGCAAUCCCAGUGGAUUGUGGGUGAUGGUUAUGAUUUGAAUGCCUUUAAUCAGAUGAAUGGAGUUUGGCCUUUGGGUCAUCCGUUGCCCUUGCCUGAUUGGUCCACUCAGGUGAAGCCCACUCUGACCUUUGAGAACGUUUGGCAAUAUGAGGAAUUGAAUGCCAUUGUGGAGACAACAUUGCAACGCAUGCUGGAAGAGACCCAUUACAAUACUGUGAAUCUUUUUAUGGAUUUCUAUCGUAGUUUCAAACGUACACGACGCUCUGAUCUGCGUAGUUUCUUCCAGUUCUAUGAUGUGCCCAUCAAUCGACGCCAUCACAUGUGUGUAUCGUUGGCCUUUGAGAUUAUGGCCAGAUUGGUUCAGAUGUUCCCGGUGUUGUCGCAAUAUUUGUAUUUGGUUUCGUGCGAGGAACAGGUCAUCGAUUGCAAUGACUAUGUCCAGUUGGAUGAGGAAUAUGGCUUGAAUUCGGCCAAUGCCGCUGUGGAGAAGGAACACGUCAUGGUGGCCAUGCGCAUAGCCAUCAAUGGACGUCGUGGCAUAAUGAUACUCGAUCCGGGUUAUCAUGUGAGUCGGGCUGUUACCGUUAUGAUUGAUCAAAGCUAUCCACAUACAGGCUGGUUUGGUCAAUCGAAGGAACCGCAUCUUCAGAGGGAUUAUUGUUACAACUAUAGUCAGCAUAGUGACAAAUUUGUGGAGUGGAAAGAGCGAGAGAUACGCGGAGAUGAGGCCAGUUUUAAGAACUCACUUGUCUAUGUGGCCCAGGAGUAUAGCACGGCGAUUGAUGUGACUGUACGCCGUAAUCUGGUCUAUAAUUUCCGUUCCCUACUCUCCCGUGAUGCCAAAGGUCAGGUCUAUGCCGGCAUCUAUUUUCCCCUGGUGGCCAAUGUUCAAGAGUCCUAUUUGACCAUCUUCUAUGAUGGACCCAAUGAGCAACGUGUCCGCACAAAGCUAAUGUUCAAUGCCUUCAAAGUGGGCAAGGGCAAGUUACCCGAUUCCAUAGUUCAACAUCUGACUAAAUUGGCUCCACAGCUGCGUCUACCUUUGCCAGAGUUAACCGAUUUAUGCAAAUCUCUGGCCGAAGUGGUCACCGAUCAGAAUUUCAUUAGCCAAGUUCUAUCCAUAAACGAUGAUAUUGGCAACAUGUCCGUAGAGAAUUGACAGUUAAAGGAGCCUAAGAAUGUUGCUGCCCAAACGGAAGAGAUUUCCCAGUUGACCAACAAUCAACAACAUCAUCAUCUCGACGAAGCAGCUGCAACUUAGAGUUCCAAAAAUCAAAACCAACAAAAAAAAAAACACCAUACUUUAUCCUUUCCACUAUCCUUAAACAAAAAGCCAAUUAUUCUCCAAAGACGUUUUAUUCAUUUAGUGGCACUUUUACGGCACUUGUAUCAAUUUAGUAAUUAUCAAAAAUAAAAACCAAAAAUAUA